AUGUCUAGUCCUUAUGAUGAAUUCAAAACCACUGUUUAUGACUAUGCCAUUAUCGGAACAGGUGUAACUGAGUCUAUUGUUGCUGCUUCUUUAUCUCACCAACACAAGAGUGUUGUUGUGAUUGACCCUCAUCAAUUGUAUGGUGUUCAUUCCACUUAUAUCAAUUACAGAGAAUUAGAAAAUAAUAUUAAAGAUUUAACUACAUCUUAUUCUAUUGAAAUUCCACUAAAAGACUUAGCACUACAAAGGUCUAUUAGUAUUGAUUUAACUCCACAACUAUUUUAUGCUAAUGGGUCUUUGAUAAAUAUAAUUGCUGAAGCAGAGAUUCAUAAGUAUAUGGAAUUUCUUUCAGUAGAUGCAGUAUAUUUAUAUACGAAAGAUAAGAUAAUGAGAGUACCAGAUUCAAAAAAUGCACUUUUUACAUGUAAUGAUUUAACUCUUAUUGAGAAAAGACAAUUAAUGAGAUUUUUAAAUGAUAUUUAUACUGAAAGAAAAUUAAUACCUGAAGAAACUCAAUUAUAUAAAGGGAUUUCUUCAUUUGGAAGUCUUAGAAAAUAUAUGAAUUCAAUUAAAUUAUCUCAAUUAUGUCAAGACAUGGUAAUUUAUGGAAUUUGUAUGUCAUCAGAUAAUGAUAUGGAUAAUCCAUUAGAAAUUUUAACGAGACUUCAAAAGUAUGCUAAUUCAUUAGGUAAAUAUGGUACUUCUCCAUUUAUUUUAUGUCGAUAUGGAUUUGGUGAUGUUGCACAAGGAUUCAGUAGAAGUUCAAGUGUUGUUGGAGGAGUGUUUUUGUGUUGUCAUCCAUUUAAUGAAAUCACUAAAAAAGAUGAAGAAUACCAUAUUCAAUGUUCAAGCCCAGUAGGAAGAACAGGAAUGACUCAGUUUACUGUUAGAUCAAAAAAUUUAAUCAAAAAUGCCUUUUUUGAAAAAGGUAUUGAGUCAAGAAAAGUAAAUUAUCUUCAAGCAUUUACUACUGAAGAACUUCCGUUUGAAAGAAGAGGAUAUUUUGCACUUCCAGGAAUUUCUCAAAAAAGUAUUCAAGGAAUUGUGUCAAGAAUAGAAGAUAUGACAACAAUCGCACUUAGCGUAGAAUAUAUUGAUGGAGAAGAACAUGUUCUUGAACAAGCUUUAGAAAAGAUUUUUAGUGAGUACAAAGAAAAGUGUGUUUUUAUGAUUAAGUAUUCAUUAGAAUUAAGACAAUGGAAAGAAGUGCAAAAUAACAAUGGAGUGUUGAUUUGUUCUGAUGGAACUAUUGGAAUUAAUAGUGACGUUGACAUUAUUAUUAAUGAAGCUGAAAGUCUUUGUGGAGAAAAGUUAUUCCGAGACGAUGAAAUUGUUGAAGAAGUGCCAAUUGAAGAGUUUCAAGAACUUAAGAAAGAAAAGAAUAAAGAAGCACAAACAGUACAAAAAGAAGACGAAGAAAAGAAACAAGAGAAUAUAAAUUGA